GGCUGUGGAAGGAGGGGCCUGGUGGGCGGCACGCAGCCUGGCCGGUCUCGCGAGACUUGGUUUGAAAUGGCGGCGGGCCGGCGCGGCGGUUCUCCCUGAGGCGCGGCCGCGCCAUGGAGCGGCCUGCGAGGCCCCAGCCGCGGCUGCUCCGCACCUACGCGCGCCGGGGCGCCUCCCGGUACCGGCUGCCGCGCCCGGCGCCCUGGCUGUCGCCGCCGCUGGACUGCAAGCGGCUCUUCAGCUCCAGCUCCGCCUCCGUGGGCUCGACUUCCACCGCCUCGUCCCCCGGCUCCGAGGACCCCGACUUCCAGCCCUAUCGCCGCGGCGCGCCGCCCCCGCCCGGCAGUCCCGCCCGCCUGAGGCGGCGGAGAGGCGGCAGCGAGGAGCCCAAGCAGAACCGGGCCCCCGCCGGGCCGGGCCCGCAGAGCGGCGGCUGCGCCCUGCCCGCCUCGCCGCUGCGGAGACACGUCACCCGCCGGCGCCGCCGGGGGGCGCUCCGGUCCCGGGGGCGCAGGGCGGGGCUGCGGGCGCGGCCCCCCCUGCUCUGCAGCACCCCGCAGCAGGCGCCGCCCGGGGCGGAGAGCGGGCCCCUCCCCGAGGAGGAGAGCAUCCUGGGGGGCUGCCAGGAGAACGGGACCCCCGAUCUCGGGAGGGCGGCCUCGGGCCGGGCCCCACGGCACGGGCCCCCCCGGAACAUCCUGGCCGAGCUGAGCUCGAUGGCGCCGGGGAGCAGCGUCACGGAGCCCGCGGCAGGGCUGGAGGGCAGCAUGGAGCUCUUCUCCCCGCCGCUCUCCGGGGGCAGCGGCCGGGUCUCCCGUGGCCACCCGCAUCGCACCGCCAGGUCAGGCAGCCCCCUGGGGGAAGACGGGCGUGGCCGGAGCCAGCCGGCGUGCACCGCCUCUCCCCAAGGUGCCCAGAGCCAUGUUACCUGUAGGAUAUCUGGGAGCCAGUACGUCCUCCUACCCUGCGCUGCUUGGAGUCAGCCUGCAGCAGCCCAGGGAGACUCGAUCCAGCUUGUUCCCUCAACACUUCCAGGUAUCCACAGCCAGUCUGUCCCUGUUCUGGGCCAGCCUGUGUCACCCCAUCAUAAAACUGUGAGUACAGAUCAUGUCCAAAGACUGACCUCACAAAAGGCUCAGAGGACUACCCAGGGACCUUGCCAGAUAGAAACUAGUCUGGGCCUGCAGAAAAGUGUUAAGCAUCCUGGGCCUGCACUGCCCAUUACGGGGAAGCCCCAUGUCCUGGUACACGAUAAUACCAGUUCUUAUGAGCCACAUGAUGAUUUGAGAGGAUACUCUGAGGAAAAGAGCAGGAACCUUAGCACAGACAAAAGCAGACACCAACUUCAGCCCUUGGUGCUCUUGAGCUCUCAGGUGGUACCAACUUGGUUAGCUAACAGGAAGAUCAAUAAUAAUAAGUUGAAUGCUUGGCCCUCCUGGAGGGAAAAUGAUUGUCAGCAGCCAGUUUCCCCCUCUGCUCUGUCUGUAAUCUCAGUAAAGAAGUCCAGAAGUAGCAAGGUCAUUCCCAGAGAUGGUGAUGGAGGCACCAGUAGAAAGGCCUGUAUCAGUGGGUUCAGCUCCAGUCGAUGGGGGAAACAGGCAAGGCGCCGCCCUUUCAGACGCAAGAAUUCAAAAACUCCAUGGCAGCAGGCUGAGGGCUCCUUCUUUCAAGAACAAAUGAGGCAAAGAGGAACAGAGAAAAAUGCCCCAGAGAUGUCAUCUUUUCUGUGUGACUCUUCUUUCCUCAAUGACUCCCAGUGGUGGGCCAGGGCUCGAGCAUCUCUCACUCUUCACAAGAAAAAGAAAGUUUCCAUUGAGGAAAGUGCCUGCGGCAGCAUCCCUUGUACGCCUUCCUCCAAAUCUCAGCUUGCAGGGUACCGUAAGUCCCCAUUCAUUCAAAGUGUGGGCUGCUGUAAUUGGUCCACUUCCUCCGUGCUCCUGCUGACUCCCAUGAAGUCUCAUUCUGUUCUGGAGGUGAUGCUCACAGACGCAGAAAAGGUGUAUGGGGAAUGCCAGCAGGUGGGUCCUAUCUCCUUUGACGAAUGUAUUCCCCCAGAUAAGAUGAAGAACUGUUUGAAGAUUGGAGAAGGAGUAUUUGGGGAGGUGUUCCAAACAAACAGUGAGAGAGGAGCUGUGGCUUUAAAAAUCAUUCCUGUUGAGGGGACUGAGAGGAUCAAUGGAGAAGCUCAGAAGAGCUUCAGUGAGAUCUUGCCAGAGAUGAUAAUCUCAAAGGAGCUCAGCCUUUUAUCCCAGGAGGUAGAGAAUAGGACUGUAGGGUUCAUUGACUUGUACUCUGUGCACUGUGUCCAGGGGUCAUAUCCCAAGCAUCUUCUGAAAGCCUGGGACAAAUAUCACGAACUGAACGGAUCUGAAAAUGAUCGGCCAAACCUGUUUGGAGAACAGCAGCUGUUCAUGGUCCUGGAAUUUGAAUUUGGAGGCAGUAACUUGGAGAAUAUGAGGAAGCAGCUAAAUUCAGUGGCAACAGCAAAAAGCCUGCUCCAUCAAGUUACUGCUUCCUUGGCUGUGGCAGAGGAGGGACUGCACUUUGAGCACAGAGACUUGCAUUGGGGGAAUAUUCUGGUGAAGAAAACCAACUUGAAAGAGCUCAGUUAUACUUUGAAUGGGGCAGUUUAUACAAUCCCCACGAAAGGAAUUCAUGUGAACAUCAUAGAUUACACUCUCUCUAGGAUGGAGAAAGAUGGGCUAACGGUCUUCUGUGAUAUUUCUACUGACAAAGAGCUGUUCCAAGGAAGAGGUGACUACCAGUUUGAUAUCUAUAGGCAGAUGAAAAAAGAGAAUUCCAACAACUGGGCUGACUAUCACCCCCAUAGCAAUGUCCUGUGGCUGCACUAUUUAGCAGAUAAACUUCUGAAAGAGGUAAACUACAAGAGAAAGCUAUCAUCCUCCUCUGCCUUGAAAGGCAUACAGAAACAGCUCCGAAAGUUCCACAGCGAAGUCCUGAACUUUAGCUCUGCAAGUGAUGUUCUGCUCAAUAGCAGCCUUUUCCACUGAUCAAAAUGGACCUUUGAAUGAGAGAUCACAAAAUGGUGUCCUUGUACUGUCACUCCCUUUGCUGUAUUUUUGGAAUAUUUUAACAUUGGCACAUUUGGCAUGGUGCAGAUAGUAAAUGGUCUCUUAUGUCCAUGAGUUAAAUAUUUUUUAAGUGUUCAGCUAAAAUAUGUGAAGAUCCAUUGUUGCAAACAAAAAAUGUGAAACAUUUCACAGUUCAAAUAUUAAAAUGGUUCUUCUAUAUGUUAAGUCCUUAUUUUUAACUUUAAGCUCCUUUGCCAGCUUUAAUCUUAGAUCAUUAAAACUGAUGACUUAAAUAAGCUGCAGUAAAAUAUAGCCUAUUUUUCAUUUCUCACUAUGGAAAAUGAAGACCUGAUACAUUUGAGGCAUACCCUUAUUGUAAAAACUUUUCUUUAAAUUAGCACUUGUAUAGACUCAGCUUUAAACACAUGCUCUUAGGUUGGCAAACACUCUGAAUAAGCAGAAUGAAUUUGACAGGUUACAAUAUGUGAACCCUGAAAUAGAAAAUUAGAGAAAAUACUCCUGGAUUCUGUAGGAAAGCCACGCUUGAAUAUGUUUUAUCAGUAAGGCUCUGAUUUGGUCAUGGAUAUUUUUAGUAAAAGUGAUAGACUGGUCAUGGGCAAGAAACAAAAAAUCAUGGAAGCUGUGACCUGUCCCUGACUUUUACUAAAAACAUCCCUGACAAAAUGGGGGGGGAGGGUCCAGCACCCUGUCAUCAUCCCCUGCAGUGGCUGGGAAGUGGAGGGACCCCAUUGCCCAGUGGCCCCUGUGGGAGAGUUGCCCCCUUGCCAUCCAUAAUGGCAGGGGAGCUGUGGUGAGGCAUCCCCGCCUGCAGCCACUGAGCAGCUUGGGUACUUCUGCCAUUGCAGGGGGCACUCCAACUGCUCGUGGCAGCAGAGCUGCUGGGCAGCUCGGGUCACCGCCAGUGACCAGUGGUGUCCACUGCGACCCAUGGAGGCUGGGCUGCUGCUGGAUCCCCUGAUGCCCACAGCAGCUGGUCUGCUAUGGGGGGCCCCUGGAAGUCACA